GUUGUAAAGUGAGACAGAAAAUAAGAAUUUGAUUCUCUAAUCAGGGCGCACGAAGUAAAUAAAGUAAAAACGUACAAAGAAUAAGGUGAACAUAAAAGUGAUGAAGUAGUAUGUACCAUAAGUAUAAUCUAUAAUGUUUACUACUAACACUGUACAAACCGGCACAGUGCCGACGUUGCAAUAUCAAGAACAUCCCACUCAAAAGACUCAAGGCAAAAACAUCGAGAAUGCACAGCAAAAGAACCCUCAACAGACACAACAAACUCAACAACAACAAGAGUUUCCAACAUUCUGUUAUACAACAAAUGUAAAUAUGAUUGGUAAGAUAGGUACUGGGUCUACUGGAGGAACUGCUGGAGUGACUGGUGGUGUGAAUAUAGCCCAACUUACAACAGGCGAUGAUAAGACAUGUUACAUAGCUCAACCAUUCUCAUAUAAUUAUGCUCUUGUCAAUCAAAUGCAGAUUGCCCCUAAUGGAAUUCAAAAUACCAUAUCUAACAUCAGUUUCAAGUGUGAUGUUUGUGGCUUAAUGUUUGGUCAUCUUACUCUGCUGAAUGCUCAUAAAAGGAUUCAUGUCCAGGAUACAGAUAACAGUAUCAGUGUUGUAGCAACUGGUGUAACUGCCAGCAAUGAGGUAAAUAUGCCACCUCAUAUUCAAAUUCUCUCAUCGGACCCUAAUGAACAACAAACCCAUCAUGUUCAAAUUCAGGACACCAAACCAGUGAUUAUUGAUAAGAUUCAGAAAUGUAUUACCUGUGGUGGACAUAUUGCUAAUAAUCCCAAAAGAAAAGGACCCAAACUUAUAAGAUGUGAAAAUUGUAUUGCACAAGAUUCUGUUGAGCAGAGGAAUAAUCAAAUGAAUUCAACACAGAUAUUUGUUGCAUCAGAAGAUAAUGUUAAAUUUGAAGUGACUGGGGUCACUAAUGUCCAACAACCUACUGAUCCUCUGGCUCCCACACCAUCCAAUCAACAAACCCAACAACAACAGCAACAACAAAAAACAUUGCCUGGACAUCAUCCUGUAAAAAAAAGAAACUUGGCUGCUGUAACAAAAUGUCAAAACUGCAAUGGCUCUGGCAUUAUAUUUGUGGGGGGGAACAAAAAUAAAUUAAAUCAACCUAAUGUUGAUAAACCUUUUCAUUGUAACAUUUGUGGUGGUUCGUUCUCUAGGUAUUCAUCUCUAUGGUCUCAUAAAAAACUUCACACGGGUGAGAAGAAUUUUAAAUGUGGAAUAUGUGGUAUUGCUUUUGCCAAAGCAGUUUAUCUGAAAAACCAUUCCAGAAUUCACACGGGAGAAAAACCUUAUAGAUGUAAUACUUGCGGCAUGCAGUUUUCACAGUCCCCACAUCUAAAAAAUCACGAGAGAACGCACUCUGGCGAGAAACCUUAUGUUUGUGAGGUGUGCGAUAAAGGUUUUGCAAGACACGCUACUUUGUGGAAUCACAGACGCAUUCAUACGGGAGAGAAGCCUUAUAAGUGUGAAAUUUGCGGAUCAGCAUUUAGUCAAGCGGCGCAUCUAAAGAAUCAUGCGAAGGUACAUUCCGGGGAGAAACCUUUUAAGUGCGAUAUUUGCACCGCGGCCUUCGCAGAUCGGUUUGCCUUGAAACGGCAUAGAGGAAUCCAUGACAAAUACGGUCAAACAGCGCCACUUCCUUCGAGAAUUCAACAAAACCAACAAGAGCAACAACAGCAGUCCCAAACACAAAACACUGAACAACAGAGUACGCAACCAGCAGUUGAAGUGGAACAUCACAAUGAUCAAUCACUCUGAGUGUAGUUUCAAUUUCGAAAUCGUGUCAAAUCCCACCCUUAUUUGUUUUUUAAAUGACAAAUGUGUAGCAUAAUAUUAACAUCAAUUUUAUCAAUGCGCAGGGGCUCAAAUAUGUAAAUAAUAAUCUUUAUGUAUUAUAAAGAAGUGAAAAUCAAUUCAGUUUAUUUAAUAAAAAAAUAAUUAACCAGUGCAAAAUAACGGACACUGCCAUUACUAUAUUGUAAAAUUAUUAUGCGUCACAUGCAUUUUUAUUGUGGUUAAAUCAAAUUAAAAAUAAUGAAAGGUCAAUCAAACUAGAAAUUAAAUUUGAAUAGAAGAGUUUACUAACAAAUGAAAAACAUGCGCAAAUAAAAAUACCUGUAUAAAAGUAAUUUUAAUAAUGCUUUUCUUGUAUAAAGCUACUUAAGUUUUACCAAAAUAAUGUCAAUGGCCAUCAAUCAAUACAUUGGAAAUAAUAAUACCUAAAUUGGCUGUGCUAUUAAUUAAUUAGUGAAAUAUUUUUGUACUUGUUAUUUAUUUUUCUUUCAUAUUUAAUAAUAAAAACGUUACACAGAGGCGUCACCUGAUGGCGCCUAUUUAUUCAAUGUAUUCCUACUGCUCAUCAUCUCAUUCUUGGAUACUUCUUUUUCAUGUAAAUAAAUCAUUAGAUCUUUAUGUUAAACUAGAAGCCUUUGUGAUCUAGUAUUUUAGCAUAUCCAAUGACUCGUCGAAUUUAAGUUUAUUUAAUAUAAAUUAGAUGUACUUACUAACUUUGCAAAAUAUCAAGACUUGCAAUAUACCUUAAGCAGGCAUUUGUCUGAUGAUAAGUACAUAAAUGCUGACAUUUUGGUAAGUGCAACUCAUUUAUAAGUAUUUUGCAUCAGUUUCGAUGCAAUUUUGUAAGUUAGAAAGAAUUUAUAGUUACAAAUAAAAUUAUAGUAAAAAUUGGUCUAGACUGA